AUGCACUCUUCGAUCACCCUCAAGAGCCUCAACUAGACGUCUUGCUAUUGCUUUUCUUUGUUGACGAUCAUGGCGAUGACCAAGCCCAUCGAUCCAGAGCUUGCACGCUCCUUCAAAUUCUCCAAGGAUGUUUUCUCUUACAAUGACAGGCAUGUGGCUCAGUAUGCUCUUGCGAUCGGAGCUUGCGGUAAAGAUGCUGUGGAUGAGAAGGAGCUCAAGUAUGUGUACCAUCCGGAUGGACAGACCUUCAUUGAGGUUCUGCCUACUUUUGCUGCUACUUUGCCGUAUCGAAAUACGCAAGCUCUUAAAGUAGUGUCCGGCUUGCGUUUUGAUCCAAAUCUGGUGCUUUAUGGUCAACAAUUCUUGGAAAUCAACAAGCCUUUGCCUUCUAAUUUGUCGUAUCCAAAAUGAAGUUGUAAUUGCAGGUCUGCAUGACAAUGGUUUGUAUUUGUAUAAACCUUUCUUUCCCGCAUCUCUAUCUCUAUCUUUAUCUCUCGCUUGCGCGCUUGCACACCCACAAAUGAUACUAGUGUUUCUGUCACAUUCUGAGAUGGUCUUUGUUUGAUUA